CCAAGCGUCUGACAAGACCAUUGACAACAUGAAUCUUAAGCUCACUGAUGUGUUAUGUAUUAAGCCUCACAAUGGUAAGGAUGUUUUGGAGCUUGUAGUGUAUUUUCUCUGUUUUAACUAAUUUAUUUUAUCAAUACAUGAGUCUUCAUAUCUCAAUGCACAUUCAGUCAUCUUGCAUAUUAGAAACAUGUAAUUGAAUCAGGCUGCACGAACAAGUUCACAUUUGAAUCACUUAGUGGUUUUCAGCAGUCGCUUUUCCUGAGCGUGCACUGUAGCUGCCUUGAUAUUUAUAUGUGUACAUCAUCCAAACAACUGCAACCCUCUUACAGUCGGAGGAAGAGAUUUUAACUGAUGCAACUGCCUAUUUAGGAAAAUCAGGAAGUAGAAAAUCAGCCUGUCAGUAUUGGUCUGUGUUGUUUUGUCUCACUCUUCUCACUUACCGACAUGGCUGUUAAUCUCAGCUUUCUUCUCAUCCUCACUGGACUAACAGGAAUUCACAGCAUAACUACAAUCAAUAGAGUGUCAGUAAGGGCUGGAGAUUCAAUUUCUAUCCCAUGUCUCUAUGACCCACAAUUCAGAAACUCCAUGAAAUACUUGUGUAAAGGAUAUUAUUUUAACUCCUGCUCAUAUUUAGCUAAAACAAACCAACAAAGUUCAGGAAAGUUUUCAAUCUCUGAUGACAACGACCAAAGAAUCUUCACUGUGACUCUAAAUGAUUUGAUGGAUACAGACACUGAUUAUUACUGGUGUGCUGUGGAGAUAAAUGAAGAGUCAGAUGUUGGAGAGUAUUUUUACCUGUCAGUCACCAGAGGUAUGCCCAGGCUUUAUGUGGAUCAUCAGGAGAUCACAGGAUUUAAUGGAGAAAACAUAAUCAUCAAUUGCUACCAUCGUAACUCUGGAAAACCGAGUUGGUGCAGGCUGGGCAGCUCCUGCGUGAGAUCGUCUGGAUCAAUAGAUGGAGCAAGAGUGACCAUCGAUGAUCGGGCCCUCAAUGUUUUCACUGUGAUGAUGACUGAACUGAGGGCAGAGAGCAGUGGCUGGUAUGCGUGUGUCAGAAGAGACAUACAGAUCCCAGUGCAUGUCACUGUUACUGAGAAGCCUACCACUAACACACCCACAGCAACACGACAUUUAACCAACUUGUCGCACACUUCUGAACACCUGAAUCACACCAGUGUCUUUGCAAGCGAAGGACCUACUGGGCACCUGAGUUCUUCCAAUUUCUUCACAAGUUUCACCAUCCGUCUGAGCUUGUUGGUCCUCUUUGUGAUGAUGACCUCGUUCAUCUGGUUAAUGGUCAGAAGAUGCAAGCAAACCAAAGAAACAUCAGCCAUAUCAACGGAACAACAAGAGGAAGUAAGAUACACAAGAAAACCUUCCGGCGAGGUACUGCAACCCUUAAAAGGACAAUAUGUAAUAUACAACAGAAGCAAGCUGAAACACACAUUAGGACAUUUAAAAUCUUUUGUUUUUGUUUUGUUUUUUAGAAUCCAUACCAGUUACAAAAAGAAGCAAAUUUAAAAUUCAUCUAAAACAGAAACUUCCAUGUCUGUCUCUCCUUCUUUACCCACAGGCCCCACAAAGAGAGUGAUGUGGAGGGAAAGUAACGUUCUGUGGUUAAAGCAACGGACAGAGUAAUUAAGUAUUUUCUGCAGACCACUUUGUUGAUGGUCUCACCAAGUUAAAAUAUUGCCCUGUAACCGAUGUAAUUUUUUUCCCCAAAACUUGCAUCAUUUUUCCUUUGCAUUGCAUAGUUUUUUAUGUUUUUUUCUUUUUCUUUUUUUUGUGCUCUUCCUUCCUCGUUUUCAUUUUUCACUUGUUCUCUAACAGGUUGAAACGAUUUUGUCUCAGCACCAAGUCCUGUUGUUUGUCUUCAGUUUUUUUACCUUUGCCAUGCAUGUCUGGACACUUCUGCAUGUACAGGAUAUCUGCAAAACAUUACAAAGACGCACUGGCUUGUUGGCUUUGUAAUGUUUUUAGGCUUAUCUGCAGCAUAGCAUAUGUAUACCGGGUUACUGUUCUUACAAACUCACAAUAAUAUAGUCUUAAUUUCACCUAUAUUUUUGGGAUAUAAAGACUACUGCACAAUUAUAGCCUAUUGCAUGUUUAGAGGAUACAUCAUGAUGUUAA